AUUAACAUUAUUUUUGAACUUUUAUUAUUGUAAUAUAUUUUUUAAUUGUUAAUUUUGUUAGAGUACAGAUUUUGUUAUAAUUUAUGAAUGCGAAUCUUAUUCAUUACACAAUUAAUUAUGAAACUACAAAAUACGGAUCCUUUUUCUUCUAAUGUUAUAUAAAUAUCUUCUUAUUUACAUUGUAACAACAAUUUCCUUAUCAAUUUCAUUGUAUUAUAAUACUUCUACGACAAGCAACACAAAUGGUUCAAAUUUUAACUUGUUCGACACGAACAAUGGAAGAUUCCUUUAUAAAAAUCAUGGGUGUGGGAAUAUUAUGAAUAAAAAUACAAAUAAACACACUGUUACUGCUUUUAUAAAUGAGAAUUCUCUAAAUAUUUUUAAAAAUGAACUCAAAUAUCGAGAUUUGUCAAAGUUUGCAAAAGCCCCCGAGUUUUUAGAAGAAGAACCAGUAGUCCCAGAACUGAUUAGAAACUUUUGUAUCAUUGCUCACGUAGACCAUGGGAAGUCAACAUUGGCUGAUAGGUUUUUGGAGUUUACCAAAUCAGUACCACCUGACCGAUUAAAGGCACAGUACCUGGAUAAUAUGGAUUUAGAAAGAGAACGAGGAAUUACUAUUAAGUUGCAAACUGCUAGAAUCAAGUACAAGUCGAUUUUGGACGACCAAACGUACACACUAAACUUGAUCGACACUCCAGGCCAUAUUGACUUUAAUCACGAGGCUCAAAGGUCAAUUUCAGCCUGUGAAGGAGCAGUACUAGUGGUUGAUGGUACAAAGGGUAUAGAGGCCCAGACUGUUACCACAGCAAACAUAGCAAUUGAGAAGGGCCUAAAAAUAGUACCAGUAGUAAAUAAAAUCGAUAUACAGCACUGCGAUUUCAAAUCUACAGCUGAACAACUGAAAAAGCUGUUUGGAUUCAAAGACUCAGAGAUUCUAAAAGCUUCGGCCAAAGAGGGUAUUGGGAUCCAGGAUAUACUUGAGACAAUCGUUGUAACAAUCCCUCCUCCAAAAGUGGACUUAGAAAAACCGUUUAGAGCACUUGUUUUUGACAGCUUUUAUGACUCCUACAAAGGAGCAAUUUGUUACAUCAGAGUUUUUGAAGGGUCUGCCAAGGUUGGGGAUGAAAUUACGCUGAUGAAUGCAAAUAUAACCUCAAAAGUGACUGGACUAGGAGUCUUGUUGCCUGAAAUGAAACAAACGAAUUCUUUGCAGUCCGGACAAGUAGGUUGGUUAACGGCUGGGAUCAAGAGGACCAAUGAAGUCCGUGUCGGAGACACAAUUUCACUAAAAUCAUUUGUGAAGAAAAAUCUUGUUGAGCCCAUAAAUAAAUUCGAAAACUCCAAGCCCACGGUCUUUGCAGGAAUAUUCCCAUGCAUAGGAGGAGAUUUUACCAAGCUCGAAUCUGCUCUGGAAAAACUUAAGUUGAAUGAUCAUUCCUUUCACUUUGAGAGGUCCGAAUCAAGUAUGGUUGGAGUUGGUUUCAAGUGUGGAUUUAAUGGGUUACUUCACCUAGAUGUGACAGUGGAGAGGCUUGAAAGAGAAUUUGACACCAAAGUUAUAGUAACAUCACCUUCUGUACCAUACAGGUGUACUCUGAGGGAUAAAACUGUAAUAACUGUUGAUGACGCGUCUAAAUGGCCGGACGAUGUUAUCAUUAAGAGUAGUGAGGAGCCGUGGACAGAUGUGACUCUGAGGGUCCCAGAAGAUUGCUCUGGAGCUGUGAUUAGUAUGAUGGGCAGAAUGGGGGGGAAGUUAAACGAUGAGUACAAAAUUAAGGACACGAACAUGAAAAUAUUGGAAUACGAGGUUCCGCUCUCCGAAAUACUCUCAGACUUCUUCAAUAAACUAAAGGCAGUCACAAACGGUUACGGAUCCUACGAUUAUGAAGGGGUCUUUUAUCGACCCAUAGAACUGUGCAAGAUGAAAAUUCUCUUAAACGGCACUGAAGCGAAGGGUCUAGCAGUGGUCAUACCAAAGAACAAAGCAUACGAAAGAGGCAAGUUUAUUGUUGAAACGCUUGUUAAACUGGUGCCCAGUAGACAGUUCAAGGUGCCAGUCCAAGCAGCUAUUGGCAAGAGGGUAAUUGCUUCAUCAUAUAUUCCUGCUAUUAAGAAGAACGUGAUUGAAAAAUGUAGUGGAGGUGACCCUUCUAGAAAAAAGAAACUUCUUGCAAAUCAAGCUCGGGGGAAGAAGGAAAUGGCUGAGGUGGGAUGUGUAACAAUCUCUUCUGAUGUGUAUAAUGAAAUUGUAAAAGCACUGAGGGUCUGAAGAUUAUGUAAAAUGGUUUUAUAAGUAACUGAAAUCCACACAGAAGGGAGUUUAAAGUGUAAAUUUGGCCUUUAGAUACAGUAAAUUAAAUAUUUGAUAACGAUUAAAUGUUAGAAAUAAGGAAAACAUCAAUUUAAGUCAAUGAUCAAGUUUUUAUAGUUCAGAAUUUAUAAAAGGAGUAAUAUAAUCUGAUUUUAUUUAA